UUUAUCUAACAGGAAUAAGGAAAAACUUGCCGCCUUUAUCUACUUCAUAUCUAACACAGAUGACUUUAAAUCAAAUUCAAAAUGCAGUUUCAGUUGUUAGUGUUUAUAUUGCCAAUACUUGGAACCUCCAGAGCAUUUUAUUGCUACCAGUGUUCAUACGAUAAACUACAAGAUGUAGACAAAGAGUGGAAUGAUAUCCGAUGUAUGACCUCGCCUGAACAACUUGGAAUACAAUAUGUGUACCCGUGCAAUGAUACUCAUGGUUAUUGUACUUUCAAAGAAACAUACAAUUUAGAAAAAAAAGAGGUGACGUCGUUUUAUCGACAAUGUAGUAUCACGAACCGAGGUAACGGGUGUACGGAAGAUGCGACCAAGCUAGCGUGUGUUGGGUCGUGCAGAGGAGAAUUUUGCACAAAACAUGAAACUGGUCGACGUUACGAAAUCUAUAUUGGAAGCACUUCAACUUCAACUGUAUUCUCUUCAACGCCACGAAGGACUUCUUCCCCUAUAAACACAUUUGAUUGCUACCAGUGUUCAUACAAUAAACUAUACGAUGUAGACAAAGAGCGGAAUGAUAUCCGAUGUAUGACCUCGCCUGAACAACUUGGAAAGAGAUAUAUAUACCCGUGCAAUGAUACUCAUGGUUAUUGUACUUUCUCUGAAACAUACAAUUUAGCGAGAAAAGAGGUGACUUCGUUUUAUCGACAAUGUAGUAUCACGUACCGUGGUGACGGGUGUACGGAAGAUGCGACGAACCUAGUGUGUAUUGGGUCAUGCAGAAAAGAUUUUUGUACGAAAAAUGAAACUGGUCGUCGUUACGAAAUCUAUUUUGAAAGCACUUCAACGUCAACUGUAUACUCUUCAACGCAACGGAGGACUUCUUCCCCUAUAAACAGUAAUAACUCGACCGUCUGCGGACAUGGCCAAACAUCCGGUUUUAAGAAGAUUCCAGUUUUAGGGGGAUUUAUACUGAGUCAUUUAUUAAUUAUAACGAUUUUUUUGUACAUGGACUUUGUAUACUAGUAAAUCAUUUUGUAUUUAAUGUUUUAAUCAUCGCUUCGUCAUAGCUUUUUCCUCUUUUGCAAAGUCAUAUAUUAAAUGCAGACAGUUAGAAAUCAAAACAGCACCGUAUCCAAUUUUGAAGGUUUGACUAUUCAAAAUAUCUUACAUAUUUUAUUCUUACUUGAACUAUUACAUUGUCUAUUACUUAAGUUAUUUACUAAAACGAAAAUAGAUCAUUUUUUCUCUUGUCCAUGAAACAUAAUGAAUACUAUGUAUACUGAAUAACUGUAUAACAUGAAAACUGAAGUUGAAAAGUGAUGUGGAAAUUAGGCAAUACAGAAGUAUUUCAAAAUUUCACAAGAGUGAUCAGUACCAAAACAUAAAUGUUUUGGUACUGAUCACUCUUGUGAAAUUUUAUCGACACUCCGCCAGAUGUUGGACCUGUGAAAGCCAAAAAUGGUGUAGGUUUUUUUUAGAUUUUUACUAUUUCAUAUUAAAUGUUGAAUUCGCUCGGGUCAAUGCCACGACAGUAUAGAACUUUCAGCUGAAUGAAAAGUAACUGUUUGAGAAAAACUGCUAAAUACUGGCUUAACUAUAUCAUACCCUUAAUGCUGCCCCAAAAUCCAAAUUUCUGUAACUAAAUUCUAUUUCUGACAUAAAAUUAGGUUCGAAUCCCGACUUUGUCUAGCAUUUACAGCCAUGUUUAAGAUUUAAUCUUACGUUAACAUACAUUCCCGAAUGUUGGAAUCAAUGACACAGUAGCUGGCAUGUAGCUGUCAUAAAUAGACUUUUGCAUCUGUGCAUAAUGUAGAAAUGCAUACAGAGUUCACAGUGGUCAGUUUUGCAUAAAUUGAUUCGAUGGGAUCCAUGGGAUAUAAUGGUUCAAACACUGAAAGUUCAUUGGUAUGUAAGAGGACUACAGUGGAAAUAAGUGUACUAGCGACUCCUUUUGUGUUAUCCUUAACAUAUAAUGUUGAUUGGCAUUGCUUUGUUUUUUAUUCAUACAUGUUUGCCAAUAGUUGUGUGUAUGCUCUAAAAUAUACCAUUACCAUCUAGAUGUCCAUUUUAUGUUGAAAUAAAUUAAAUAUAAUCUAAAGUAA